AUGAAAUGCUUGGAGUUUGGGGUGGAGCUAUACAUCGAAGAUUGUCUUUUUCUGGUGGACAUUAAAGAGGAAAACGUGGACAAUCCAGAAACAGGACCUUGCAAGAACCAGGCAAAACUUAUGGAGGAAGCCUUAUCUGCUGCUGAAGAUUUCUCUCUUCCAGGCCAAGAGCACGUUCAGACUUUUCAAGAGAGAAUUGUUCUCUUUGUCCUCAACUGCAUCGUUUUUGGCCUGCUUGAGAGGAGCUCGACUGACAAUACAGUCUUUGUGCCUCAUGCGAAGAAGGAACAUGCCAAAAUAUUCUGGAAGAGUGGAGAAGCGGCUGCUUUUUACACCGUCAAAAGAAAAGGAAAUUUGUGUGACGGGCACACCAGCCAGUGUUACCUGCUCCCUGUUUUGGACACCAUGUUCGUACGAAAGAAGUUUAGAAGACGUGGACUUGCGAUGCAGAUGCUCCAGGACUUUUGCCAGUCUUUCCCCUCUGAGGAGGCCUUGGGACUCAGCUGCCCUCUUUCUGCUGAAAUGGAGAAAGUUUGUCAGAAGUUCUUGGAGACUCACCCCAUGGAGCAGCCUCGGCUAUGGGAAGCGGAGGCCCCCGGGGACUGGACCCAGCGCGUUAACAUCUGGCUAAAAUUGCAGCUGGAGCAAAGCUUUCCAAAAAAUGCGGAUCGAAGUUCUCCCACGUCGAAGGGUCCAGAUGAUGAAGCAGAGGAAGAACCGACAAAUACCGUGAGCUGA